AUGACAAGAGCAGGUUUAAUACCUGUUUUAGUCUAUAGAAUGAAUUAAUCUAUAGAUUAAUAUAUUGUUGUUGAUUUAGGCGUUAAUAUAUUACUUAAUUUAGCAUAUGAAGGUUAAAGUUUUUAAAAUUAUAUUAAGGAAAUUAGCUAGGGAUUUAUUUUUGAGGCUGUUGUUUAAAUUUUUGAUAAAUAUAAUCAGAAGCAUGAUAUUUGUGAAAGAUUGUCAGUUAUUAUUUAAAGAAUUACUUAUAAUUGUUAAUGCCUGGAAAAAAUUGUUAUAAAUUCAAAUAUAGUAUACAGAUACAAGCCCUAACGUAGUCCUUUUGACAAAACAAAUUACAUAGAUAAUUAUGUACCAAGACCUAAUCAUUUUCAUCCCGAUAGAAAACCAAAACAAUUAAAAUGGGAUGAUCCAAAUUACGAAUGGCCUCCAGUAAUUUUAAGACCUACAUAACUUAAAGGAAAAGCAUUAAUAAAGCAUAUCGAAUAACGUGAAAAGUUAGCAUUAGAGAGACAAAAGGAAUUUCGAAUUCCGGAAUUUAAAGCAGGGGAUGUAAUUGAAAUACAUUAUUUAAAAUCUUUGAGUGAAGGUUAUGGAAAUACAGUAACUGGAUUAUGCACUGCCAGAUAUAAAUAGAAUUCACUUAUGUCUGGAUUUGAUAUGGUAUUUAGAUUUUGUGGGGCUUAAGUAUUUAUGCAUGUGAAAUUAUUUUCACCUUUUUUAAAAAGCCUAAAAGUUAUUUAGACUUCUGAAGGUACUAUUAGAUAUAAGUUGAAUUAUAUAUGGUAUAGGAAUAAUACUGAUAAAGAAUUAAGAACUCCUAUUUCUUCUAUAAAGUUUAUUUGA